UCUCAAGAGAGUAUUGAGAGAAAAGGACAGGUAGAAGAGGUGAAGAUAGCAGCAGCAGAGAAUGAACUCAAUUUCCAUUUUCAUUCCCCCUAUGCACAGCAGAAGUUAAAGAACAUUGCCUGCUUGUGGGAAAGACAACCCUCAGGCUGUGUGAGGAUCAACUGUGCCUUCCAUCACAGCAAACCUCGUUAUAUCAAUGGACUUUUUCUGCCACCUACUAACAAUGCGCCAUUGCCACAGGCUGACCAAGAAGUGAUUCUGCCUCCAGCCCAGUGUCAAGGCUCACUCACACGUCCAGAGAAUACUGUAAUACCAAUUCACCCUCCACUGAUUAUAAACCUCAACGAUGAAGAGGAUGAUGAAGAUGAUGAUGAAGAGGACGAUGAAGAGAACUAUGUUACUGACUGUGUGCCUAAGACUGCUGAGGAUAUCGAAGAGGAAAGAGCAAUAAAGGAAAUAUGCUAUAAAUCUGGAGAGUUUUACGGGAUUCAGCAGCCUGGCCAACGGCAGUCACCUAACCCUGUGUCACCGUCCCAGGAAACUGAGCUACGGCCCUCGGAAGCUACCCAGUGGGACUUGCAGAAAGCCAAGUACUUUUCAUCGCCUCGGACAAUGGGUACCACUUUUGAAAUUACUCUUACAAGGAGAAACUAG